CCCAUACCGCCCUAGAAUCAUAGCAAUCCCAACCCACUACCGUAUUCAUAUCUUAUCUGCACAUCAUCAUUUCUGUUUAUGAAUAUAAUUCAUUGCUAUGGAAUCUAAGAACGAGGAUUUAGGAUGCACAGUAGAAGAUUAUCGAAUGGCAAUUAGAACAACGCGCCUGGAAAAAGAAUACGACAACACCUUGAUGCACACAGCGCAGCUUUGGGGUGCCGAGAAAAGCCGGAUACAACGAGUGGAGCAGUUGCUCCUUCAAUUUGAAAAUGAACAUCUGCGGUGGCAUUUGAAUCAUGUGAAUCAAGAAUUGACCAAGAGCACAAGAGUGGAGUCUGAAAUCCGCCUUCAACUCUGUGAGACUUACAAAGAGCUCGAUCAGCUACGAAAUACCUAUCGUGCUUCGUCUCAUGAGAUAGAGAGACUUUGUCUUGAGCUUGCUUCCCUGACCAACGCUUCCGUUGAUUCAAAAAAGCUCCUCGCAGAAAAACUUCGGCUCGCAAAGGAUCUUUUGAAGGCGGAGGCGGAAAUAAAAAGGCUUAAGUCUCAGAAGGCUUCUCAGCACACUCUCCUUGCGGAGAAGCAAACUCUAGAACGGCAGCUAGCAUCCCUUGAGAUACAGCUCGAAAGCGACAAAAAGGCCCACGAAGAAACUUUAGCCAGGGAUUCACAGAAAGCCAAGGAAAUCGCGACACUUAGCUCCAAACUUGAAGAGAUACGCAAUGAACUCAUAGUAGUGAAGCGGGCGCAGGACCAACGCGAGCAUACCAUUCAGCAACAGAGUAUUGAAUGGGCUGCACAACGGCCAACGCUUGAUGCCAAGUUUGGCGCCUUGAAUAAGAAGCUAGGGUCAACGAAGGAUCAAUCCCAGGCCGCUACUGCGGAACUUCAGCGACAGUGUAACACUUCUAACAAUGAUGAAACGAGAACCUCCAAUGCACAAAUCCAUGCCAUUCCUUCUCGCCUGUCAGGUACACAGCACAACUCUGGUCUAACAAUUGCAACACCCGGGGCUAUCCGUGCCCAGGAUAAGCGAAACAAAAUAUCGGCAUUGCCCGGUGAUAAGUCCUCUUUUUCAAUCACUCCGUUUCUGAACCGGACGAAUGGGCUUCGAAAUUCAUCUACAAGUUCUGAGGAUGAUGCAGAUGAACUCCACACAGCUCAUACGGUCAGUAGAGCAAACCAACUAUCUUCUAGGGACGGUGCUAGCAAAAGCGUUGAUUCUGGCCAUCAAGAUCAGUUGGGGUCAGCCGAUGGGCUAUCGGUUACGACGGGAACAAUACAGAUUGGCCAGGGCAAUGCCAAUGGCAGAAAAUGGAGAGAACCUCAGCGGAAAUUUGUGGACGAUUCUGAUCCUGAUGCACAACGAGAAAAGUUUAGCGCCACCUUUACUCACACUUCUAACCUGAAAACAAAGAAACGUAAAUUGGGAAUGCAACGUGAUAUGAGCUUCUUCAACGGAGAAGACGACGACGAAGAUCUAAACGAUAUGAGGCCGCCAGGUCGGAAGCUUGUUCUGGGUACAGGGCGAAAUCUUGCUUCACAAAUAUCUGCACCAAGUGGUGGCUUAGGGCGCGGUCGUGGGUUUGGUGGGUUGGCUGAAUUUUCUCCCUUAAAGCGUGACAAGAAACGGCUGUAGACCAGCUUAACUGUAACAUUUAUGAUGGAGUAGCUUCCGUCAUACCGCAUUGCUCGAAUUUCACUGGCUUCUCU